CUCGACUUGGUUCCCGGAAGUGACGGCCCCUUUGUGGAUACCGGAGAUUGCUGGAAGAUGGCGGCUUGGUCCUGUGCUGGGCUCUGAGGGCACUAGAUUCUGAUUCCUGGGGAUUUCCCAGCUAAGAAUACUUGGACUUGCUCUGAUAAAUGGGAAUCUACCAGUUAACGGCAUGGCCCAGAUAUCCAGUAGAAAUGGGUUCAAGCAGCCUGCAACAGUGGGCCACUCUGGGAAGCGAACCGUUGGUAAAGAAGAAGCUCUGCAAAUGGAGGCUGAAGCCUUGGCUAAGAUGCAGAAGGAGAGAAGCCAAAGUCUAAAAGAAGAUCAAACAAUGAAGUCUGCCAGCAGUGCAUGCCAGAAAUCUCCAAGUACCAUCCAGGAGUAUGAUCUCAUUCACUUCCCAGAGGCAGAAAGCUCAAAGAAACAAGCUGCUGAUACCCUGUCCGACCUAGAUAUAGAGAAACUAACUUCAGUUGAACUGGAAAAAUUGCUGUUGGACAAAAACUUUGGUCCUAAAAAAAUAACCCGACCACACACAUUGCCAAAUACCCCUCUUGUAAGCCCAUCGUUCUCCAGUCAGUUUUUCAGUCGGGCACCAUUCCCUGCAGGACAGUGGACAGGUGGAUUACAGAGGCCUCUCGCUCAAACACCUGGUUAUCAUGCAACACCAGUGACAUACCCUAAACAGCCUGAUCCAUUUCAGAAUGGUUUUGGUCCUGGACAGUCUUCAUACCGACCUUCAGAGCCUGUUUAUGUUGGCCUUCGUGCACAUCAGUUCAUGCCCUUCCCACUCCAGCCUGCUGCACCUGUACAUCCUACAGGUGUUCUACCUGCUUAUUCAACAGUCACACCUGAGCUUGCAAAACUAUACGAUAAAAUAGCCAGCACAUCAGAAUACUUGAAAAAUAGUAAGUCAAGCAGCGAUUUGGAAUCAGUCAGUACAAUGGUUCCUAAGCUGCCGGUAUGUGAAAACUCAAGUGAUGUUAGCAAAUUUGAUUGGUUAGACCUUGACCCACUUAACAAAGCAAGGAUCGAAAACCUGGAACUCUCUCAAAGUACAACCGAGAUUGAGCAGAAAAUCGAUGCAGGUACUGCAGCCGGGGAUCCUUGGGAGCAAGUGCUGCAAAAACAGAGUCCGUCAGAAAGCAGCCAACCUGAUGUGAAGAGUGAGGGGGCAUCAUUGAAGCAGCCAAGUGGGAAAUCUACAUCUGGAGUUUCAGUGACACGUAGUUUAUCUCUUAAUUUACGGUCCACAAGUUCACAGUUUUCUGACCGAAUACAAGGAUUGACCACCAAAAUUUCACAGAGUGAAAAUGGGACCAGUAAUAAUCUUGCAGGAGAAAACAUUCUGGAACAAAUCAGUUCACAAAAUGGGGAGGUGGCAGCUUUUUGGCUAGAACUUAUUAAGUUACGAUCCACAUUUCCAUACAGUGACCACUCCACAAAUCCAGGUUAUGUUUUGAGUCCUGUUAUGCUUCACCACGAUAUGAAUGGAGAAAAUGCUAGUGUGAAGGUCUCCAUAGAAAUUGAGGAGUUUCAGGAGCCAGUCACAUUCACCUGUGAUGUGAGCUCCCACGUAGAGCUUAUUAUAAUGCAGGCUCUGUGCUGGGCUCAUGAUGACCUAAAUAAAGUUGACAUUGGCAGCUACAUACUGAAAGUCUGUGGACAGGAGGAAGUCUUGCAGAACAACCACUGCUUAGGAAGCCACGAAUAUAUUCAGAAUUGUCGAAAAUGUGACACUGAGAUCAAGCUACAAUUAUUAAACCACAGUACAAUUUCCAGAGCCCUAGCCCGCACGGCAGACGAUGAUGAGACACCUACCGAUCUCGAGAAAUACCUCUGCCAGGUGGAAAAGCCCUUCAAAGAAAUUAUUACAAGGCAACGUCUUGCUGUGCUUCUGGAAGUUUAUCAUAAUCGUACAAAGGCAUGCCUUCAUAGAGAAGGGAAACAGUACAAAAUGGUGGAACAGAUUAUUCAAUCUGUAAAGGAUAUUUGCAGUGCACUAGAUGGUGCAGAGACAAAGGCCAUCACUGAUGCUGUAAAGAAACUAAAACGCACCGUUAAUCUACCAAAAAGUAAAACUGUUGAGGUCAAAUCAAAAGAGAGUGGUGAUUCAUCUAAUGGUGCAAAGAAUGGAUCUUCAGUUGCAGUAAAUCCUGUGAAUGCAAGCAUCCAUGCUCUAACAUUGGCUGUCUACGAUCUGUUACAACUGUACCUGAGUUCUUUUGGCAGAAACACAGGUGCAGCUGGGAAUCUACCACAGAGUACCAAAUGUACAAAGGAAGCGCAGACCACCACAGAACACCUGCAGUUUACGCUGUUUGCAGCACAUAGGAUUCCAGGGGCAUGGGUCAGCAGUUUUGAGAAAUACUUUCUAAUGUGUUCAUUGACACACAAUGGAAAAGAUCUUUUUAAACCAGUGCAAUCUAAGAAAGUUGGGACAUAUCGCAGCUUUUUCUACCACAUCAAGUGGGAUGAACUAAUCAGCUUCCCUGUUCAGAUUACACAGUUGCCCCUUGAAUCGUUACUAAGUCUUAGUUUGUAUGGAGUUCUAAAUCCUUCAGCAGCUGGUUCGCCAGAUUCUAACAAACAGCGGAAGGGACCAGAGUACCUUGGUCAAGUCGCCAUGCCUCUCUUUGACUUUAAGCGGGUGUUGACAAGUGGAACAAAACUGCUUAGCCUAUGUACAUCUAUCCUUGUGAAUCCAAGUGGUGGGACUAUCAACAAAAAAGGGAGUUCAAUGGAAAGAAUUGUAUUGCAAGUGGACUUUCCAUCCUUUGCCUUUGAUAUUGUCUACUGCCCUCCACAACCCAGCCGAGUGGUUGAGCUUGGGUUUGAAACACUGGAUCAAGGUUUCCAGAAACAGCUUCUUGAGUUGUUUGCCAAAGAUUUGACAUUUGAACUUUCCAAGGCAGAUAAAGGACUGUUGUGGGAUAAGAGACAGUAUUGUUUUUCCCACAGUAACAGCCUUCCUAAGAUACUUGCUAGUGCACCAAGCUGGGACUGGGAUACUCUACCAGAGAUCUACUCUCUGCUCCAUCAAUGGACACCACUCUCUCCUGUCGCUGCCCUGGAACUACUGGAUUCUAAGUUUGCAGAUCAAGAAGUGCGAAGUACAGCAGUGAACUGGAUAGAACUAAUGACUGACGAUGAACUGGUCGAUUAUCUGCCUCAAUUUGUAGAGGCUGUGAAGCACGAGUGUUAUUUAGACAAUGCCUUAGUGAAAUUCCUUUUGUCUCGAGCAUUGGCAAAUGUUGGUGUAGCACACCACUUGUACUGGCUAUUGAAAGAUGCACUUCAUGACCCAUAUUUUGGAAUGCGCUAUGAACUCCUUUUGGGUGCCCUGCUAUAUGUAUGUGGGCAAGGCUUGCGAAAGGAGUUUGAAAAACAGACCAAACUAGUACGGAAGUUGGGAGUGGUAGCAGAAAAAGUGCGCCAAGCCAGUGGAUCAACAAGGCAGGUUGUCCUUCAGGAGGGCAUGGAUCAUGUCCAGUCAUUCUUCAAAUAUAAAUGUCGCCUGCCCCUCAAUCCAAGCCUAGUGGCAAAAGAGUUAAAUGUUAAGGCUUGUUCCUUCUUCAGUUCCAAUGCAGUUCCACUGAAGAUAACACUGGUGAAUGCUGACCCCCUGGGGGAUGAAAUCAAUGUCAUGUUUAAGAUUGGAGAAGAUUUGCGACAAGACAUGCUAGCACUACAAAUGAUCAAAAUUAUGGACAAAAUCUGGCUUCAGGAAGGGUUGGACUUGCGCAUGGUCAUUUUCAAAUGCACCUCCACAGGGAAGGAUAGAGGCAUGGUUGAACUUGUACCAGCUUCAGAAACACUUAGAAAAAUCCAAGUUGAAUAUGGAGUGACUGGCUCAUUCAAGGACAAACCACUAGCUGAAUGGCUCAGGAAGUACAAUGCCACUGAAGAAGAAUAUGAGAAGGCAUCUGAAAACUUCAUCUAUUCAUGUGCCGGGUGCUGCGUAGCUACCUAUGUACUGGGAAUAUGUGAUCGUCAUAAUGACAACAUCAUGCUCAGAUCAACCGGCCACAUGUUCCAUAUAGAUUUUGGAAAGUUUCUUGGACAUGCACAGAUGUUUGGAAGUUUUAGAAGAGAUCGAGCCCCAUUUGUGCUGACCUCCGACAUGGCUUAUGUGAUUAAUGGUGGGGAGAAGCCAACCAGUCGAUUUCAGUUGUUUGUAGACUUGUGUUGUCAGUCAUACAAUCUCAUCCGCAAGCAUGCCAACCACUUCCUGAAUCUCCUGUCACUGAUGCUGUCUUCUGGAUUGCCAGAACUUAGUACUGUGCAGGAUCUGAAAUAUGUUCAAGAUGCUCUGCAACCCCAAACGACUGAUGCUGAAGCCACCAUCUUUUUCACCAGGUUGAUAGAAUCCAGCUUGGGCAGUAUGGCUACAAAGUUUAACUUUCUCAUUCACAAUUUGGCACAGCUGCGAUUUUCAGGGUUACCGUCCAAUGAACAAGCUAUCCUUUCAUUCUCUCCUAAAACCUAUUCUCUAAAACAAGAUGGGCGAAUCAAAGAAGUAACUGUUUACACCUACCAGAAGAGAUACAACCCUGACAAAUACUAUAUAUAUGUGGUGAGGGUAUUACGGGAAGGGCAGAUUGCUCCAGCAUUUAUCUUCAGAACGUUUGAUGAAUUCCAGGAGCUGCACAACAAACUGGGCAUCCUCUUCCCCCUGUGGAAACUUCCAGGCUUCCCCAACAAAGUGGUCCUUGGGCGAACACACAUUAAGGAUGUAGCCUCCAAGCGUAAGGUGGAGCUCAACAGUUAUGUGCAGUGUCUGAUGAAUGGCUCAACUGAGGUAGCUGAGUGUGAUCUCAUCUAUACCUUCUUCCACCCACUGGGCCGGGAUGAGAAGGCUGAAGGAAUUGAUGGAAUAGUCAAACCCUCAGAAAUUGUUCUGCCAAGCACCAACACCGGUCAAGUGGGAGGAGAAGUUAAGCUAUCUAUUUCGUACAGAAACAAUACACUGUUCAUUAUGGUAAUGCAUAUCAGAGACCUGGUAACUGAGGAUGGAGCAGAUCCAAACCCUUAUGUAAAAACCUAUUUGCUUCCUGAUCCACACAAAAUAACCAAGCACAAAACCAAGGUAUCAAGGAAAACUCAAAACCCAACUUACAAUGAAAUGUUGGUGUACAGUGGAUACAGUAAAGAAUCACUUGAACAGAGGGAGUUGCAGCUGAGUGUGUUAAGCGCAGAGUCAUUGAGAGAAAAUGUUUACCUGGGUGGUGUUACAUUAACUUUGAAAGAGUUUGAUUUGAGCAAGGAAACCAUUAACUGGUACAAACUAACUGCCACGUCUAAUGCAUAACACCUAUCCCUCAAAAAGUGUGCGUAAGUGGAACAAGUGGCAACGAAAAGCCUAACCUGAACUCCUGCAUUUUUUUUACUUGAAAGAAAAAAAUUAACUGUGGACAAACAGCAAAUUCCAGCUGAUGCACAUUACCAGUGGACCAAUCUAUUUGAUAAAUCACAAAAAAAUUGGUUGCAUGCACUUAGUGUCACCUUCAUUUUAUAUCUAUUUUUUGAAUAUUUCAGAUUAAAGGAUGGUGGGAAAUUGUGUGUGCCAAAAAUGAAAUACUGAAGCACUUCACUGCUUGUAAGCAAGAAAUGGUGCCUUUCUCUAUCACAGCUGUAAACUCUCAAUUAUUUUAAAGGUGCUAAGUUCACUGACUUUCUCAAAGGCACAUAGCAUUUCCUGGGGAACAGCACAAAUGAGAUUAGCCACUAGGGCAUUAAUUGCCACAAUUGCACAUUACUGGACUGCUUUAAGUGGGACUGAAUGGGAAGGAUGCAAGUGAUAGUGCCCCUUGGGGUUUUUGUGUAGUAGGUGUCGAAUGAAGAUUCAAAUUUUGAAAAUACUAUUUCUGUAAACACUAAUUCUAUACUUCGGAUUGUAAUCUGGAAGUUAAGCAGGUUUUCUUCUAAUCGAAGCUUCAGUUUUGUACACAGCCACACCACUGUUUGCUGUCACCUGUGAGGGAAGACUGUUCAUUUUGUGGUAGUGGCAGUCUCCAGGCCAUAAGUGUUUAAAGUCAUUGGAGAAGAUCCAGAAUUAAUAACCACUGCAAACAGAUAUAAGUGCAUGCAAGCACGUGUGUAAAAUGUGUGCAUAGAAGGAUUGCACAACUGCCCAACUUUUCACAGGUAGAUCAUUAAAUCACAGUUGAUAUGUGAAACAAUCUAGAAGUGUAUGGUUAAUAACAAAUGUUAGGAUGAAAUUAUGAAUUCAACUAAAUCCUGUACUAUCAUACUUUUAAGAUAAGCCCAAAGUCUGAGUUGAAGGAUACUGUGAUUUCAGAGUCAUUUAUUUAAGUAUUACUGCUAACAACAUUUGAAAGGUUUUGGCUAUUCAAUGAAAUAUAUCUCAAAUGCAUUUUUAGAAGUUACUUUUGGCCAUUUCUAUUACAGCAAAGGGCACUGUCUCAAGUGCAGAAAAGUAAAAUGUAGCAACUUAAAUUAAAUGCUCAAAGCUUUUUAAAUAUAAAAAUGAAUAGUUAUAAUUGAAAAGGCACAUCAAAAAUGAAUGUAAGUGUCUCACUCCUGGUGGAUAUGCAAUAUUAUUUUUGUUGAAAUUCUUCAUUAGCAAAGUGGCAAUUUCACAGAAAAUUGCAGUGCAGAUUCCUUUUUCUUUUCACAGAGACAUGCACAUCGCAGUUGGUUGACUGUGUUUUAGGGUUGUAUUCAGCACCUACCACCACCGCAAAUAGCCACAGGAUGAUUAGUCAGCUACAGAAAUGCAAUGCUAAUAUUUGUUAGAAUGAGUUUUAACUGAAGGGUAUGUGUGCUUUCUUUCUAAGAAUCGGUAAAGAUGCACAAAAAUUCCAGGCAAGUGGCACUUGAAACUGUAUUUGCUGUUGUACAUUUUUCUUUAAAUCUGUCCUUCUGCCACUGUCCUGUACAAGAUGCUCAAUUCACAUAAAGUUGUGCAGCAAUCCUUAGCAACACUUAAACUUGCUGCUACUCCAGGUGCGGGACUUGUAACUCUCUGUGGAAAUGUAGAAUUGUUCAUGACAGAGAACUGGAAGGGCUUUGUAUUUAUUCACAUCAAUGUGUCUUCCUUUGCUGCAGAGUUCAAAUCAUGUACAAUACUGGCAGGUUAGGAGCUUUCACACCAAUCUGCAAAUCAUUCUGCAGAAGCAUUAUUCUGCAAGCUUGCAGUUGCCCUUGUAACCAUGGGUACCUCUGAAUAAGACGAAUUUGCACAAACUGACCAUGUAGUGUUUUGUUGUUUAAAAUGUCGUGCUGGGUUGACCUAGAUGACUAUGUAAAAUGCCUCUUUAGCUGUGCUAAUGUUAGAAGUCUGCAACUCUCCUUUCUCCCCCCACCCCCCAUCUAAAAAUUGAGAUGUUGCAUUUGCUCAAUUUGCAUUAUGAAAAUGGCAUGUGUCAGUUGUCAUUCACAUAAAUAGAUGAGUCUAGGAUUGUGGUUUGUAACCAUCCAAAUUCAGAUCUGCAUCAUGGCACAUCGCAGUUUCCUGUUUGUUCAAAAUAAACUUAAGUUGCCUAACCAAAAACAAAGACAAAUAUUCAUUCCAUUGAAAGAGCACUACCUUGAAGUUUCUCUUUCAACAGAAGGAGAAAUGGUGAGUCAUUCUACAAAUACCGCCUGUUUAAACAAAUGUCCAUGUACCUUGCUCAACAGUUUCAACUGAACGUGUGAGCAAGGAAUUCCUCAUUAUACUUCACUUUUGUUUGGCAAAAAUGAAAUGUUGCUGCUUUUUUAAUGUAAAUAUCUAAUAUCUUGUCCUUGUAUUUUAAAAUUCUAAAUAUUCACCUUUUAAUGGAGGCUUUAAAAAUAACCAAUUUAAAAUUAAUAGUUGACAGUUGCAAGAUAUUUGCCUGAAGUUGACAAAAGUUUCAAAAGGGUAGGGAAUGACAACAGAAGCACCUUCAGAACAGCUGAAUGAUGAAACUCUGAAGACUUUUGUUUCACUACAAUAGGUUGAAUUUAGGACUCUGAGAGAAACUAAAUUUUAGCCUUGAACAAUAUGACAAACUGCCUUUCCUUAUUAAUCAUGCUAUCAUUGAAAAUUAAUAUUUGCAGAGAUUAUAUGACUUUGCAGGUUAUUUCUCAAGCGGGAGACUGGUCAUUUGCAAAAAUGUCACUGUAGGAGAGGGGAUGUCACACUAUUGGGGUAAUUGUGAUUAUCACUACUUGAUUCUGUGACUGUAUUAAGUGUGAAUGUUAGCAGAACAAGAAACAAUGAGGAGCAAAAAUGUUGGCUUGACUGGUGUACAUUGCCUUCAGCUCUUAAGAACCAAAUGUAUUUCCAAAUCAUGUUUAUCUUUUUACUUAGUAAAGAUGUACAGUAUUUCUAUCCAAAUCCUGUCCACAUCCUAAUGGACUAAAUGUGACUCCAUAACUACAUUAAAUAUGUAACUUGUUUUUAAUAAAGCCAGUUUCAAAAUUG